UCCUUUUGGCUUCACCCAGCUGGUUCCUGAGGGCGGGGCGAAGGGCGGCGAGGAGGCGGGGCUGCGCCUGCGCAGAGAAGAUUCGGGGGGGCAAUCUGGGACGCCGAGAGCUCGUCUGAGUGACUGAAGGCAAGAUGCAGGACCCCAAUGCAGACACCGAGUGGAAUGACAUCUUACGCAAAAAGGGCAUCUUGCCCCCGAAGGAAAGCCUGAAGGAACUGGAGGAGAAGGAGGCAGAAAAGGAGGAGCAGCAACUCCUCCAGCAGUCAGUGGUGAAAACAUAUGAGGAUAUGACUUUGGAGGAGCUGGAAGAGAACGAGGAUGAGUUCAAUGAGGAGGAUGAACGUGCUAUCGAGCUGUACAGGCAGCAAAGGCUGGCUGAGUGGAAAGCAACUCAGCUGAAGAACAAAUUUGGAGAAGUUUUAGAGAUCUCAGGGAAGGAUUAUGUUCAAGAAGUUACCAAAGCCGGCGAGGGCUUGUGGGUGAUCUUACACCUGUACAGACAAGGGAUUCCCCUCUGUUCCUUGAUAAACCAGCACUUGAGCGGGCUCGCCAGGAAGUUUCCUGACGUGAAGUUUGUCAAAGCCAUCUCCACAACCUGCAUUCCCAACUACCCCGACAGGAACCUGCCCACGGUGUUCGUGUAUCUGGACGGUGACAUCAAGGCACAGUUCAUUGGUCCUCUGGUGUUCGGUGGCAUGAACCUGACGAGAGAUGAGUUGGAGUGGAAACUGUCUGAGUCAGGAGCAAUCAAGACUGACCUGGAGGAGAACCCCAAGAAGCCCAUCGAAGACAGGCUGCUGUCCUCAGUGCGAGGCUCUGUUCCCAUGAGAAGGGACAGCGAUUCUGAGGGCGACUGAGACAGCAGCCACUGUAACCGUUUUGAACUGUCUUGAUGUGACAUAUUGUCUGGAUCUUUAAUAAGGAGGAAGAAGCAAAAUUUAUCAUAUUUUGGUUUUUAACCUUUUUAUAAUUAUUUAAAUUUUAUACAUUUCAGAAAUAAUCACCGCCGAAAAUUUUAUUAAAUUCCUUGGAACUCUUUAAACUAAUAAUGUCUCUUUAAGAAAAAUUAAAACAAGCUUCAUGUCAAAUAUCUGUUUUCCUACCUGUAUUUCAGCAAACCAUGAAACUGUUUAGUAUUUUUUGACCUGCAACUGUGUAGAAAGGAAUAUGGAGUUUUUUUUAAUAAUGUGAAGAAUAAAAUAAUCUAUUUAAAAAAUAA